GAGAAUCCUUCUGCUAGAAUUUUAGAAAAUGUUACGUCGCUUAUCCACAAGUUGUAUACCCCUUAAUCUUCUGAAUAGAUACUAUGCCUCCAAAGAAUCUGUGAGCGUAGAAAAUUCUCCUCGAACGGAGCCUCGUCUUCAUAGAAAACUGUACCAUUUGACUUUGAGAGAGGAGAAGGAGGAAAAGCUGCGUGAUUUUCUCCCGGCAAACCCACUUCUUCCAAGUGGGUGGUCCUUAAGGCAUGAACCAGGUUCUAAUCGUUUUGAUCUAAAAAAAGAAGUCGAAAUACGAAACUGCGGAGCCGAGGUACUUCAUAUAAUUGCUCUUAUGGAAGUAAAGCAAUAUGAGCAUACUUUCCGUAUGGAUAAUGGUGAACGUGAAGAGCAAGAGUAUUUGAAUUUCACACUUUUUUUAAAGAAAAAAAGGUAUCCAAAAGGUGGUCUUGAAUUUGGAUUGACCUCUAUCGACAUGGAGCUUGUCUUGGAUUCAUUGGCUAUCCAUGAUUCCGAUGAAAGUAUUGAAAACGCAAUUACUGCAUUCGAUUUAGAUCCAACAACGAGGUCUAGUCCUGGAGGGACCAAUCUUUUUAAGCGACGAAAGCGUGAUAGCAGGUACCGUGGGCCUAUGAUUAGUGAGUUGGAUGAUGACCUAUCGGAUGAGAUUCUCGAUUAUUUAGAUGAACGAGGAGUUAAUAAUCCUUUUGCUGAAUACAUGAUGUCGCAGGCUCAUUAUUUUGAGCAAGAGGAAUACCUUAAUUGGCUACACCUCCUCCGUCGCUUUGCAGAUUAGUUAGUAGUAAGGGAAUGUAGUUAUUGAUAUUGUGAUUUGGCAUAUAUAUAUA